GUUCGCGUUGUGAAAGCCGGCGAGAAAGAGUGCAUCACUACAUUUUCCGCGUCGAUUAACUGUGCUGUUGAAUGGAACAGAAUACCCCCGCUCUGUAGAUACAGUUUACUCUUAUCGCUGACCUGUGGCGUCCAUAUUCGAUGCGUAUUUGUAGCACGCGUUGUUGUUUGUAGGCAUAUGUUUUGAAUUUGAGCUGAAGCGCGAAGAUGUCCCUUCUGGAUUGGAUUCUGGUGAUUGUCGGUGCUGUGCUGGGGAUUAACUAUCUGCUCGUUCGGAGAAACCUGAAAUACCAGUCCCAAUGGCCGGGUCCAGCGGCGGUUCCCCUCAUCGGGUGCUACUAUUUGUACUUCAACAAAAAGCCUGAAGAUGUCAUGGACUUCAUCUUCACGCUGAGCCGCAAGUACGGCACAAUGUUCCGCGUCUGGGUCGGAACUCGGUUGGCUCUGUUCUGCACCAACACCCCGGACACGGAAACUGUGCUGAGCAGCCAGAAGCUGAUCCGCAAGAGCGAGCUGUACAAGUUUCUGGUACCAUGGUUGGGCAAUGGGCUGCUGUUGAGCACCGACCAGAAGUGGUUCAACAAGCGCAAAAUCAUCACUCCGGCUUUCCAUUUCAAGAUCUUGGAACAGUUUAUCGAGGUGUUUGAUCGGCAGAGCGGGAUUCUGGUGGAAAAGUUGAAACCGGAGGCCACCGGGAAGCUGGUGAACGUGUACCCGUACGUGACGCUGUGUGCGUUGGAUGUCAUUUGUGAGACCGCAAUGGGAACCCCGAUAAAUGCCCAGACGGACGUGGAUUCCAAGUACGUUCGAGCUGUGACGGAGUUGAGUUAUCUCCUGACCACCAGAUUCGUGAAGGUUUGGCAGCGAUCGGACUUUCUGUUCAACCUUUCGCCCGACAGGAAGCGUCAGGAUGAGGUGAUCAAGGUGCUACAUGAGUUCACGACGAACAUCAUCCGGAAGCGAAGGAAGGAGUUGAUGGACCACGGUGACAGUGGAAUUGUGGGUGACGAUAGCAUUGGUUCCAAAAAGAAGAUGGCAUUCCUGGAUGUGCUGCUGCAAGCUACCGUUGAUGGACAACCGUUGUCGGACAAGGAGAUUCAGGAAGAGGUGGACACUUUCAUGUUUGAAGGCCAUGAUACCACUACGAUUGCCAUUGCGUUCACUUUACUCCUGUUGGCUCGCAACCCGGAUGUCCAAGAAAAAGUGUACAAAGAAGUAAUCGACAUCAUUGGUACCGAUUUAAGUAUUCCAGUGACUUACCGAAAUCUUCAGGACAUGAAGUACCUGGAAAUGGUAAUUAAGGAAUCGCUGCGACUCUAUCCUCCGGUACCGAUCAUUGGCAGGAAGUUCAACGAGAAAACCACAAUUGGAGGAAACGUCAUACCAGAAGAUUCAAACUUCAAUCUGGGAAUUAUUGUCAUGCAUCGGGAUCCGAAGCUGUUUGAAGAUCCGGAGAAGUUUGACCCCGAGCGGUUCAGUCCCGAGCGUACCAUGGAGCAGUCUUCACCGUAUGCGUACAUUCCGUUUAGCGCAGGACCUAGGAACUGUAUUGGUCAAAAAUUCGCCAUGUUGGAACUGAAGAGCACCCUUUCCAAGGUCAUCAGGCACUACCGGUUGACGCAGGCAGGCCCGGAACCGCAACUGAUCAUCCAACUUACCUUGAAGCCGAAAGACGGACUGCAGAUCGCUUUUGUGCCUCGUGCUUAACCUAGAUGUAGAUCACUUUCCCGUGAGGCUAACUGAAUGUGAUAUGUGCAUUAAAAUUUGGAAACGAC